AAAUCUUGCUCCGGCCCAGCUCGAAGUUAUAAACUUGCGGCAGCGCAGGUGUCCCUAUUACCUGACUUCUUAAUUCUCCCGCUUCUUCUUCUUCUUCUUCUUCUUCCGUCCAGUGCUUGUUCUCUUCUCAAGAUAGAAUAGAAGGGUUGUAAGGGUUGUUCGAUUCGAUGACGACUCGAAUUGCGCCCGGUGUGGGAGCCAAUUUGCUGGGUCAACACGCCGCCGAGAGGAAUCAAGACGCUACUGCUUAUGUCGGCAAUCUCGACCCUCAGAUAAGUGAGGAGUUAUUAUGGGAAUUGUUUGUUCAGGCUGGUCCAGUUGUUAAUGUCUAUGUUCCAAAGGAUAGAGUCACCAACGAACAUCAGGGUUAUGGAUUUGUUGAAUUCCGCAGUGAAGAAGAUGCUGACUGUGCCAUCAAGGUGCUUAACAUGAUUAAGCUUUAUGGCAAACCCAUCCGUGUCAAUAAGAUCAUGAGAGAUCCUGACACAGGAAAUUCCCGUGGUUUUGGCUUCAUUAGCUAUGAUUCAUUUGAGGCAUCUGAUUCAGCCAUUGAGAUGGAUGCUCGGAGCCUUGCUAUGGAAAUGACACUUGUUAUUAUGUGGCAAAAGCAACGGAGACCUCAAUUUUAUCAUCAAUAUUGAAAUCAGGUGUCAAAAGGUCCUUCCAAUAAGACUGUGGAUCCACCACCUCGCUCAUAUACUGCCGGGGACAUGCUUGCUGGUAGGCUAAAUAAUGCUAAAACAUGUAAAGUUUUUAAGAUAACCAAAUUGACUUAUAUUAUUAUUUAUUAUUGAUUAUGGUCAAAAGGAUGAUGACACUAGGAAAAAAAUAAUACCAAGAGUUUCGACGUCUUAAGGUUUUAUAGUGGGUUUUUCAAAAGCAA